AUAAUGAUAGGAACUUUGGUUUUAGCGAUCACCCGCUGAACAAGGGUUUUGAGAUAGACUAGCUACACCUACAGGCAAAGGGAGAGAUAAUAUUGUGUAUCUCGGAUUCUAGAGUCGUCUACAAGAGUCAUUGUGUUAUGUAUAAGCGCUAGCAAGAGGAUUGAAUAAAUGCUGCUGAAACUGUAAACAAGCUCCUCGCCUCAUCCUUUUAUGCUCCUCGCCUACAAUCACCGAUCCGUACACGACAGUAGUAAUGGAGGGAAAUUUGAUUGUAUUUGGUUUAUGUCUUCUUGUAACGGCAUUUUCCUUCAUUUUCCUUGGAAUUUUCUUCUACGUUUCGUACAACCGGAACAUUUACAGUCACAUUCCUCAUCCGAAACCUCUUCACUUCUUGCUUGGACAUCUACCGCUCUUCAAAGAGGUUGCCAAAAAUGGACCAGUGGCGAAAAAAAUGGUUGAGUGGAGCAAAGAACUGGGUCCAGUGUACUGUCUCCACAUUGUUUUCAGAACUCUCAUCAUGUGUAAUGACUCAACAGUUAUCAAGGAACUUCUGACACGAAGCAAAUACUUGAAGUCGCCUGAUAAUUACCGUGGCUUGAAGUCUGUGUAUGGAGCCAUGACCCUAGGUAAUGGUCUGCUCAGUGAGAUGAAUCAUGAGGUCUGGAUGAAGAAACGUGCUCUCUUUAAUCCUGCUUUCCAUCGCAAAUAUUUAAUGGGCCUGAUGAAUGAGUUCAAUAGCUGUUCAGCUAAACUGGUCAAUCAUUUGAUCCCGUUAAGUGAUGGUCAGACGGAGGUCGUCAUGUUGAAAGAAUUUGAAAGGUUGACCUCGGAAAUCAUUGGAAAGGUUGGAUUUGGAAUGGAGGAUGAUAUCAUUGGGAACCCAGAUUCCCCUCUUUGCCAGCUCCUUCCAAAGGUUUUGUCUGGCAUGAAUUCUGUUUACAGACGUCCACUAUUAAAGUACAGCAUCCUUCCCAAAGACAUCAAAUACAAACAUGAGGUUCGAGCUGCAGCUAAUGAGAUCCGAGCGGUGGGUCGGCGUUGCAUCUUGGCUCGUAUAGAUGCUCUUAGACGGGGUGACCAAGUUCCUCAAGACAUUCUAACUUACAUCCUCCAGGAGUCAAACAACUUGGAAGGAAUCAAAGACUUUGACUUAGAAGAUAUGGUCGAUGAGUUCGUUACCUUUUUCGGAGCUGGUCAGGAAACAACAGCCAAUGUUCUCUCCUUCACUCUUCUUCAUCUUGGUAGAAAUCCUCAAGUCAUGAAAAAACUCCGUGAUGAAAUUGAUACUGUAUUGAAAGGGAGAAACUAUGUUGAAUAUUCAGAUGUCGGCAAGAUGAAGUAUCUAACCUUGGUUUUGAAAGAGACUCUUAGAAUCAACCCUCCUAUUGGUCAUUUGAAUAGACUUUUACCUCAUGAGAUGGAUAUAUGUGGAUACAAAGUACCUAAAGGCAGUGUUGUAAUGGUGCCGAUAUAUGGAAUGGGUAGGAAUGAGAAGCAUUUCAAGAAUCCAGAGAAGUUUGAUCCGGAAAGAUUCACAAGGGAUGAAGACAGCCCCUUAUUUGCGUACAUGCCAUUUUCUCUGGGUGCUCGAUCCUGCAUUGGCCAGACGUUUACUAUGAUUGAAUUCAAGGUGGUCAUAUGUAAGCUCAUUCAGCAACUGGAAUUCCAACUUGUACCCAACCAGAGCUUUGAGUUUGUAGAAGAGACGCUCACUUUCAAGCCCAAAGAUGGCUGCAAAAGUUACAUCACAAUGAGAAACAUUUGACAUCACAAUGAAAAACCUGUGACAUCACAAUAACAAAACCUGUGACAUCAGGAUGAGAAACCUGUGACAUCACAAUGAUAAACCUGUGACAUCACAAUGAUAUUAGGGCACAUUGUGUGAGGACAGAUAAUAUUGUUUUAUAUUGGGGAUUUGAUGUAUUAUUUUUAACUACACUCGCUAAUGCCUAGGUCACAAAUAAACCGGGCCCCGUACGAUUUUCCCUAUCCGGCGGCUUGCCGUGGAUUUAGAGACCGUACAGGAACCUUCCGAUUUACAUUCUACGGCAUGUGUGGUCACAUAUUCUGCGGUGCCCGUGAGGUGCCCGGUGAAAAAUGGUAGAGUGAAAUGCAAGGCACCUCGGCAGGGUGCCGGCCGGUAAGCUUACGGGCUGAAUUUGUUGAAUUUGUUGAAUUUACCCAACAAAGUCAUGGGGGGCCCGUCCGGGCACCGUCCGGAGCCCGCACGGAACCCGUGAGGUGCCCUACGGACCCUUUGCAGGCUUUCUACGGCCUAACGGUCAGAUAAAAACGCUGGGAGAAUUGGGAGCAGCCAACUCAGCACCACGGCGCCUGUACAGCUUAAAAAACUGUCCCGGCCCCCGUAGGAACUUUGCGGCUGGUUUUACUCGCCGUACGGGCCCCGGAGUGUAUAUGUGAAAGCCCCAUUAGGAGCACUCUAACCACUAAUCAUUGUGCAGUUGUGCACAUACUAACUCAAGGUACCAUGAUAUUUGGAUCACUCGGGAUAUGGUACCCUUUAUGCACCUUAAAGGAGAAGUAAUGUAGAUGAAGAUGCUUUUUCAUGACAACACAAGUAUAGUGCCAGAAUAGUGCCAGAACUCAAACCUGUGGAGCGCCAGGAGGGUCAAAUCUGACUCACAUGAGCGCUAUACAAGAACCCAUUAUUAUUUUUAUUAUAUGGAUCUCUAGUCAAGUAUCGCAAAAACUCUCCUGCAAUACCUAUACACAAUGUAAAGGGGGGAGAGAGGGAUAGUAUGAUACCGCAGGCCUCUUUAAGGGUUACUCUAACCCAACUAUUGUGGUAUAGUGAGAAAACUUGAUUUUAUCUUUAAGGUCAUCUUAGACUAGACAGAGAGGGGCCUGUGUACUUUGCCUCAUUACGCAUAUUCAAAAUCCACAAACUAAAUAGUUCAAAUUGAGAGAGUUGUAAUAAUACUGAAUCUGGAUUGCUUAUGGAGAUGUAGGUUAUUGAUGGUAUGUUUUAUUAAACAUAUCUUUGUUUAGAAAUAUUCAGGUUGCAGAAAGACUAAAUAAUUGAUUUAGGCGGAAGGAUAUUAAGAGAGUGAUUAGGCAGUUUGGGAAGAAAGUUUAGGGCACUGUUCAACCAACUCAGUGAGGAGAGGUGAUUGACAAUCAGAGUU